CACCAAGCACUGCUCACGCUCACCCUGCUUGUUCUUCUCCUGCAGCAACAGGCACUGAAUGAUGGCAUGGCGUGCUUCCGCUGCCCUGUCUGUCAAGACAACACCCUGUUCCACAUUGAGAUGUCCAUCAUUGGGAUCCAAAUCCCAGACAGAACACCAGCACGGGAGGACAACCGUGCAUACGGACUUCUACAGAGGCACCGGCGCUGCGAUGCCGUCGUGUGCUUUUACCACGGAGGCAGGGAGCUGGCAGAAGAAGAGGGGCCCUGGCAGCUGAUCCUGUGCAGCUCCUGUGGAGCGGAGAGCACCCACCGACAGUGCUCCCACUCAAGCAUCAGAAUGAACAUGUGGGACUGUGACAGAUGUGCUGGCCUGGGUACCGCCUCCAGAGCCAUCUCGGAGCUCGCGGCACUCAGCACUGCCAGACAGCAGAGCCUGGAGUCAUCCCACAGCCCCCAGGAGCCUGAGGACAGCUGCUCCGGCCCCAACAGCCAGGCAGCGUCCGGGCCAUCACAUAGGUCCCAGCUGCCGGAGCUCAGCUGCCAGACCAGUGAGCUGGGGACAAUCUGCUCCCAUAUUCCUGACCAUCAGGGGACAGUGGAGCAGCACCACGCACAGCAUGGGAGCAGCCAUACACCCACCCCAGCCAUUGAAAGCAGCUCCCGCGUCUCCACCAGACGGGGCAGAUCGGGAUCCUCCAGAGCAGCCACAGCAGCUGCGCGCAGGAGGCGUCCCAGGCAGCGGAGAACAAGGAGCGCACGAAGCCGCUCCCCGCUGCAAGGUCGGGCCCCAGGAUCCCAGAGCCGGACCAGAAGACCUCGAGGCAGCAGGCGAACACCAUCUCCAGCUGCUCAGAGCAGAACCCGCAGCACCACCAGAGCGGCAACGCAGAGGUCCGUGAGGGCUCCCCAGCGUUCACGCACUGCGGACCGGCCCAGGCAGCCACGGCAGGCCCGCACGCGAA